GAGGGUUCGCAUUGAGAGGAGAGGAGGUGCUAUUCUGAUUGAUAUUUCAAUGCUGUAUAUAAAGUAGAGGAAUUUCCCUCUCCCUCUGCUUGCCAUAUUGGUCUGCACACUCUCCAGGGGACUUGUGGCUACUUGCUGUUGUGUCUGGCACACAUAAAAAGGAAUAAAAAGGAACUGAAACUAUGCCAGAACCCACCAAAAAAGCUGAUGAAACGGAAGCGGAGAAGGCACCUCCACCAGAACAAACUAAACCUCAAGAAGAUGGAACUGCACCAGGAAAAGAACAAAGUAAACCUCAGGAAGAUGGAACUGCACCUGGAAAAGAAGAAAAGGAGAGUGAAAUAAUGAUCGCAAAUCCACCAUCAGACGAGACCACCAGUGAAACGACAUCCUCUUCAGAAGAUGAAGAUGAUACUCCAGCUGCAGAUGUGACAAAACCUGGAGACAGAAAGGACUCAGCAGGUACACAGGAAGAAACAGAAAAGCAGGACAACUCUCAGAAGUCCAUCUUAUUUGUUGAAAAACCAAAGGGUGGCUCAAUUAGCGUUGGGCAAAAUAUCACAUUUAUAGCCAAAGUAGAAGCCCAGGAUCUUCUCAGAAAGCCAACAGUGAAGUGGUUCAAAGGGAAAUGGAUGGACUUGGCAAGCAAAGUAGGGAAGCACCUUCAGCUAAAAGAGACAUUUGAACGCCAAACGAAGAUGUAUACAUUUGAGAUGCAAAUCAUUAAAGCAAAAGAAAACUAUGCAGGAAAUUAUAGGUGUGAAGUCACAUAUAAAGAUAAAGUUGAUAGCUGCUCUUUUGAUCUGGAAGUCCAUGAAACAUCCUCUACGCCAUCCAUAGAUAUCCGAUCUGCAUUCAAGAGAAGCGGUGAAGGACAAGACGAUGCAGGAGAACUUGACUUUAGUGGUCUCCUGAAACGUAGGGAGAUUAAACAAGAGCCUGAAGAACCUGAGAUAGAUGUAUGGGAACUUCUGAAGAAUGCAAAUCCCAAUGAUUAUGAAAAAAUUGCAUUUCAGUAUGGAAUUACUGACUUGAGAGGCAUGCUGAAACGUCUGAAGCGCACCCGCAGAGAAGAAAAGAAGAGCGCAGCUUUUGCAAAGAUUCUGGAUCCUGCUUAUCAAGUGGAUAAAGGAGGUAGAGUCAGAUUUGUAGUAGAGCUGGCUGAUCCCACAGUUGAACUAAAGUGGUAUAAAAACGGCCAAGAAAUACGACCAAGUGGAAAAUAUAUUUUUGAGCACAAAGGAAAUGAGAGAAUCUUAUUUAUCAAUAACUGCAUGCUGACAGAUGAUGCUCGUUAUCAUGUGAUCGCUGGUGAUGAGAAAUGCUCCACAGAACUGUUUGUAAGAGAACCACCAGUGAUGGUGACAAAAGGCCUGGAAGAUACCAAUGCUUAUAUUGGUGACAAAAUAGAGUUAUCAGUUGAAGUGUCUGAAGACGAUGCAAAUGUGAAAUGGUUUAAAAAUGGUGUGGAGCUGCCCCUGGAUGGAAAGUCUCGAUACAAAGUGAAGGUUGAGGGUAAAAAGCAUACUCUGAUAAUUGAGGAAGCAACCAAAGCUGACAGAGCAACUUAUUCGGUGAUGACAACUGGGGGACAGUCAGCUGCUAAACUAAACGUUGACUUGAGACCGUUGAAGAUCCUGCAUCCGCUGGAAAACCAAACUGUGAGGCUUGGCAAAGAGCUGUCGUUGAAGUGCGAGAUCUCUGAGAAUGUGGAAGGCAAAUGGUACAAAAACGGGCAGCUGCUUCAGCCCAGUGACCGUAUCAAGAUGCAUCACAAAGGAAGAAUCCAUCGACUGAUUAUCGAUAGUGCCCUUGUUGAUGAUGAUGGUGAAUACAUGUUUGUUCCAGAUGCCUAUAAUGUUAACAUCCCUUGCAAAGUCCAUGUUAUAGAUCCUCCUAAAAUCCAUCUUGAUGGGCUUGGUGAAGACAAUACAGUGACAGUUGUUGCAGGAACCAAGUUACGUCUUGAAAUUCCUGUUUCUGGAGAACCUGCUCCAAAGAUUAUGUGGAGCAGAGGGGACAAGUGGCUUAUGGAUCCUUCAAGCAGAAUACGGGCAGAGAAUUAUCCAGACAGCAGUUGUUUGGUGAUUGAUUCAGCUGAAAGAGAUGACUCUGGUGUCUACCGAAUAAUGCUAAAGAAUGAGGCUGGAGAAGACACAGCUCACGUCAACAUCAAAGUGGUUGAUAUUCCUGAUCCUCCAAUGGCACCCAAUGUGGUUGAUGUAGGUGAAGAUUGGUGCAUAAUGAACUGGGAACCUCCAGCAUAUGAUGGUGGAUCCCCUAUUUUAGGAUACUACAUUGAAAGGAAAAAGAAGCAAAGCUCUAGGUGGAUGAGGCUAAAUUUUGAUCUUAUUAAAGAAACAACAUUUGAGCCUAAAAAGAUGAUUGAGGGAGUUGCCUAUGAAGUCCGUGUGUUUGCCGUCAAUGCCAUUGGUACCUCCAAACCAAGCAUGCCCUCAAAGCCUUUUGUGCCAUUGGCUGUCACCAGUCCGCCCACCUGCCUGGCAGUUGAUUCUGUAACAGAUACUACAGUUACCAUGAAGUGGCGGCCACCAGACCAAAUUGGAGCUGCAGGUUUAGAUGGCUAUAUUAUAGAGUAUUGCUUUGAAGGAAGUCCCCAGGCACCCACUACAGAGGGCAUGGGAGACAGUGGUGGUGGUUCAGAGAAAAUUAAUAGUGAGGAGGCAGACGGGGGCCAGACGCAGGCUGAAGAGAAGACACCCAAACCCUCGGAAGAAUGGAUUGUAGCCAAUCCAGACAAUCUUACAGACAAAACCAAAUUCACCAUCACUGGACUUCCAACGGGAGCAAAAAUCUUUGUCCGAGUAAAAGCUGUGAAUGCUGCUGGUGCCAGUGAACCUCGGUUGCAUCCACAACCCAUUUUAGUCAAGGAAGUUAUAGAACCUCCGAAGAUCCGCUUGCCAAGGCACUUAAAGCAAACCUAUGUUCGGAGAGUUGGAGAAGCUGUGAAUUUGGUUAUUCCCUUCCAGGGAAGACCAAGAGCUAAAGUGUCCUGGAAGAAAAAUGGUGCCCAUGUAGACAAGAACCAAAUUAACAUCCGGAACAGUGAAAAUGACACUAUCAUCUUCAUCCGAAAAGCAGAACGCAUCCAUUCUGGGAAAUAUGAUAUGAAAGUCAAAGUAGACAACUUGGUAGACAAAGCCUCAAUAGAGAUUCAAAUAGUUGAUCGUCCAGGCCCACCUCAAUCUGUAACCAUUGCUGAUGUCUGGGGAGAGAAUGUUGCUCUGGAAUGGAAGCCACCAAAGGAUGAUGGCAAUGCGAACAUUACUGGUUAUACCAUUCAAAAAGCUGACAAAAAAAGUAUGGAAUGGUUCACUGUUAUUGAACACUAUCACCGAACCAGUGCUACCAUUACUGAACUUGUCAUUGGGAAUGAGUAUUACUUCCGGGUCUUUUCUGAAAACAUGUGUGGCCUCAGCGAAGAUGCAACAAGAACAACUGAAAGUGCUGUGAUUGCCAAAGAUGGCAAAGUCUACAAAAACCCAGUUUAUGAGGAUUUUGAUUUCAAUGAACCACCAUUGUUCACUCAGCCUUUAGCUAACACCUAUGCUGUAGCUGGUUACAAUGCAACUCUGAACUGCAGUGUUAGAGGAAAUCCCAAGCCUAAGAUAACAUGGAUGAAGAACAAAAUAGUUAUAAUAAAUGACCCGCGCUACAGAAUGUUUAGUAAUCAGGGUGUUUGCACUCUGGAGAUCCGCAAGCCCAGCCCUUAUGAUGGAGGCACAUACACUUGCAGGGCAGUCAACAGUCUUGGCGAAGCUGAGGUUGAUUGCAAAUUGGAAGUAAAAGGUGGGGUCUCAUUCUUCAGACUACUAAUGCAAGGGGUGCCCCCACAUAUCAUUGAUUCUUAUAUAAAAGAAAUUCAAGCAAGCAACCCUGAGGGGAAAAAGUAAAGCCUGGCCACAGUGCUUCUCCGCCGCUGCACUGGAAUCUGGUCGCCAGCAUGGCAGCACAUUUUAACUCCUCCUCUGGCACUUCUACAGCAUGGAUCUGAAAUAUCAGCCCUUCCCCCUUCUUCUUCUUCUUCCUCCUCCAUCUGCUGGUGGAAAGAAAAUUCACGCAUGGAUUGUCUUUUUGGGGUUGAAAUGAAAUAAGUUAAAGCUUACCUGCAUUCUGUAAUGUUCCACAUUGUUGUGUGUUUUGUUCUCUCUCUCUCUCUCUCUCUUUGCCAUAAAGAACAAAAUCUAAGCAAAAUCGCAUGGGAGCUAAUCUUUGUACUUUCUAUGGCUAAAUAUAUUCUUUUUGUGGAAAGCAGUUAGUGCUUAACCCAAUGGCAAUGCGGUCAGGUCUUGAAAUAUAUACCUCUUUUGAUAAAUAAUAACCAGUAUCCCAUUGCUUUAACAUGGAGCAGAAGGCAAUUGCAUUGUGUACCCAUUCUCACACUGGUUGUGAGAUCAGUCGCACAACUAAGCACAGGAUGGGAAAUCUGUUAGAGCAGGAGUUACACUUAUGUGAUUGCCGUUCCACUCCCCAUUUAGGCAGGAAGAUACUGUCCAAUGAAUCUGACAUAGGCUGCUAAAAAUGGACUGUUUGGUACAUAUCAUUUGCAGCAUUUGAGUUGUUUCAGCUGAACAUAUCCUCAGUUAAAAGGGCGUUCUUUCCUUUAUUCACUUGUGAAUCCCAUUUCUCUCCAUUACAGUUUUAUGUCAUGUACAAUAAACUGGAGUGUUUAAAACC